UACUCACCCUCCUACUCACCCUCCUACUCACCCGCCUGCUCACCCACCCACUCGCCCGCCCCCUACUGGCCAGCAUCGUCAGCAGCAGCGGCGGCGGCAGCGGCAGCAGCAAGCAGCGGAUAAAACCUGGGAGACGUCCAACUCAACGAAUGGGACCACAGAAGGUCGCUGGCCGGACUACUACUACGACGACGAUGACGAUGAUUUGGAGCAGCAGCAGCAGCAGCAGGAGGAUCAGGAGCAGCAGGAGCGAAUGUUGGCCUGGGUGUUUGUGACAGCCGCGUUCGUUGGGAACGUCGCCUCGCUGCCCUGCGGCCUCCUGGUGGACCACGCCGGGAUCACCGUUGCUCGCUCACUCGCUCUAGUGUUCUUCUUGAGCUCCACGCUCACCAUCGCAUACUCCACCGCAGAGUCAGCGUGGAUCUUGUUCCCCGCUGUGUCCACGCUUGCUGUGUCCGGGGUGCUGCUGCUGAUCUCAAACAUGCAGGUGGCUGUGCUGUUUGGGCCACACCAGGCCACUGUUAUCUCUCUCUACAACGGAGCCUUCGACUCUUCCUCUUUCACCCUCAUCAUCGUGAAGUGGAUGUGCGCUGUGGGUGUGCCGCUCCGUUCGGCCUUCCUGGCACUGGCCUCCUGCUCAGCGCUCACCGCCCUGCUCACCGCCCUGCUCACCACCACGCCACUCACCACUGCUGCUCCACGAUUUGACUCCGCCCGUCGCUGCCGUCACCUCCGCUGCUACCGCUGUGGCGGGGGGAGUGGCCAGUGCACAAAAUGGCCGCCGCCGCCGUCACCGUCACCACCGGCACAAAAUGGCCGCCGUUCCUGCGUGGAGGCUGAGGGCGGCGUGGCAGGCCCCAGCGCGUUGGCCACCCAGGAGGCCCUGCCGUUGAUUCUACAGGAAGUGAGGUCAGUGGCGGGGCAGGAAGUCAGCGGCACCAGACAGGAAGUGAUGUCGCCGGCGGGGCAAGAAUUUGGCUCCGCCGGACAGGAAGUGACAUCGUCGGCGGCGGGGCAGGAAGUCUGCUCCGCCGGACAGGAAGUGACAUCGUCGUCGGCGGGGCAGGAAGUCGGCCUCGCCGGACAGGAAGUGACAUCGUCGUCGGCGGGGCAGGAAGUCGGCCUCGCCGGACAGGAAGUGACAUCGUCGUCGGCGGGGCAGGAAGUUGGCUUCACCGUACAGGAAGUGACAUCGUCGUCGGCGGGGCAGGAAGUCGGCUCCGCCGGACAGGAAGUGACGUCGUCGGCGGCGGGGCAUGAAGUCGGCUCUGCCGGACAGGAAGUGACAUUGUCGGUGGGGCAGGAAGUCGGCUCUGCCAGACAGGAAGUGACAUCAUCGGCGGGGCAGGAAGUUGGCCUUGCCGGACAGGAAGUGACAUCGUCGGUGGGGCAGGAAGUGGGCCCCGCCGGACAGGAAGUGAGGUCGCCGUCGCCGCCGCGAGGGGCGGCGCCCCUGCGUGCCUGCCUGCUCUCGCCCGUGUUCGUGUGCCACGUGCUGUGGCUGUCGCUCAUCCAGCUGCGGCACUGCCUCUACGUGGGGUCCCUGCACGGGGCCCUCGCCCAGCGAGCCCACGGGGACACGGAGGCCGUGGCCUGGUACCUGGAUCUGUUUGCGUGGACUCAGCUCGCAGGACUCGCCUGUGCCCCCUGGAGCGGGGUGAUGAUGGACCGCGCGAGGCGAACGGACGGCUCCCCGGACGGACGACGCACGGACUCGCGGACACGGGAACACGCAGACUCACACAGAGACUCACACAGAGACUCAUGCAGAGACUCACACAGAGACUCACACAGAGACUCACACAGAGAAUCACACAGAGACUCACACAGAGACUCGCACCACAGAGACUCACACAGAGACUCACACAAAGACUCACACAGAGACUCACGCAGAGACUCGCACAGAGACUCGGGCAAAGACUCACACAGAGACUCACGCACAGACUCGCCCGCGUACAAAGGCCAGAAAACGGAUGAACCCCUCGCUCACCCCCGGGUGGUGCUUGCCUGUGUCCCCGCGCUGGCGAUGGUCUCCACCCUCUGCGUCCUCCUCUCCGUCUGCGCCAUGCUCCCGGGGUUGCCCGCCUUCGCUGGCGGUUUCCUGCUGCAGGUGCUGGGGCGGGCCUCCCUCUACGCCAGCAACGCCUCCUUCCUCGCCGUCGUUUUCCCCACACGCCACCUGGCCACGCUCUAUGGGGUCUCCAUCGUGGUCUCCACGCUGCUCAACUUGCCGCAGUUCGCGGCCGUCGAGGUGACUGGCGGUGGCGCUCCACACGGACUCACGGUUUCGGUGUCUCUCCUCUGCCUCUCUCUCCUCUCCCUGGCUCACCCCUCGUACCUCUACGUCCACAGCCAGCGCAGAGACCCAUAGACACCCUCACACAUAGACACCCUCACACAUAGACACCCUCACACAUAGACACCCUCACACAUAGACACACAUAGACACACAUAGAC